GAUGGGCCGCGGCGGUGGGCGCACGAUCUGCGGGGACUCAUGCCACGCGCGUCCCGGCCCGGCGCGCAAUUAGCAGCCGCCUCCGCAGCCCGCCGCCGCCGCCUUCUCGCCUUCCUGGGCUGCCGCGGCGAGAAGCUGCAGUCCUUGCCUCGCACCGGCUGCCGGCAUUGUCCUCCCGCUCCGCCGCCCAGGCUGCCGCUGCCGCCGUGGGCUGCUGCGGGGCCCCGGACCCGCGCCGCAGGGACGCGCUGCCGCCGCAGGUCGGCCCCCGGUCCCCGCUUGGUGGUUUCCGCGCCUUGCGCUCCUCUGCCAUCCUCUCCUUAGUUUUUCCUGCGAAGCUGAGGACGGGGAGAAGUCCAGCCGCCAAGCCCAGCCUUCCUCCGGCGUGCAGCCCCGACGGGGCCGCGGCUGGCGCGGUAAGAGCGCCGACGGAGCCAUGAGAGAGUACAAAGUGGUGGUGCUGGGCUCGGGCGGCGUGGGCAAGUCCGCGCUCACCGUGCAGUUCGUGACCGGCUCCUUCAUCGAGAAGUACGACCCCACCAUCGAGGACUUCUACCGCAAAGAGAUUGAGGUGGACUCGUCGCCGUCGGUGCUGGAGAUUCUGGACACGGCGGGCACGGAGCAGUUCGCGUCCAUGCGGGACCUGUACAUCAAGAAUGGCCAGGGCUUCAUCCUCGUCUACAGCCUUGUUAACCAGCAGAGCUUCCAGGACAUCAAGCCCAUGCGGGACCAGAUCAUCCGCGUGAAGCGGUACGAGCGCGUGCCCAUGAUCCUGGUGGGCAACAAGGUGGACCUGGAGGGCGAGCGCGAGGUUUCGUUCGGCGAGGGCAAGGCCCUGGCCGAGGAGUGGAGCUGCCCCUUCAUGGAGACGUCGGCCAAAAACAAAGCCUCGGUGGACGAGCUGUUCGCCGAGAUCGUGAGGCAGAUGAACUACGCGGCUCAGCCCAACGGCGACGAGGGCUGCUGCUCGGCCUGCGUGAUCCUCUGAGGCGCCCGCGGCUGCCGCGCGCCGGCCGCGCUCUGCGCACAAAAGCCAAACGCACCCGAUUCUUCUAAAUGUGAUUUCUCUUCUUGCUUUGAGAUUGGAGACGACUUUGCAUCAGCCGGGGUGUCCCGGGAGCCCGGCUGGCCGCCGUGGCCGCGUCCCCUUCCUCUGACCCGUGUCCGAGGGGGUGUCCCGUCAUGACCAUCCGAGACCCGGUGGAAAUGUGGCUCUUUGCAGCAUGUACGUUUCUCAUUGAUUUUGGUUGACGCAUAUUUCCCCAUUGAAGCAGCCGUUGCGGCGCAGUAUGGCAGCUUGACAGCGGCAAGCGAAAGUUUCAGCCUGGAAAAAAAAUGGGGUGGGGGAGGAAGAGGAUGGGGAGAAGGUGGAAAAGGGGGAAUUCUUUUUUUUUUUUUUUCUUUCAACAACCGUUUUUCUAGUUCCAAGUUUUAAAUACACGGAAGGAAGUCCGGGAGAACCAAAUGAAGGAGCAGGAUGAGAGGAAGAAACUUUUGUUUUUUCCUUGUUUUCCAGGAGUAGCUGGAAAUUAAGAUCGGGUUCCUUUUCUGCCAGCUUGGAAGGGUAACCCCGUGACUGCGAUUCUGAGGAUGUCUAUGCAAAGUUGGAUUCUUGUUACAGUAUAUCCAAUCUGAAGUAUUGCACAUCUGAACUGGGACUGUUAACACUGAUGCCAAUACAGUGUGGGGUGCCAGAAAGUGUCUGCUGAUAUUUGUGGAAAAAAAAAAUCUAUUUUGUUUACCUACUGUAUCAAAGGGGAGUCUGGGGGAGAACGGUAGUAUUUUUUUUUUUAAUCAGCUGUGAAAAAAAUGUUACAGAUCUGCACAUU